UUGGUAGAUUGAUUGCAUUAAUUAAGUAAUUUAUUAGAGAUUAAAGUAAUCGCAUCUCUCAUGUGAUUUGGGUUCAGCUGAGCAGCAGGAGGCAUCACUGUCCUAGCAGCUGUAGUUGCAUAGCUCUCUCUCUCUCUGCAUGUGCGCAUGUAUGUGCUUGUGUGUGUGUGUGCACGCGUAUGUGUGUGUGUAUGUGCGUGUGUGUGUGCAUGUGUGUGUGUAUGUGCGUGUGUGUGUGCAUGUGUGUGUGUGUGUAUGUGUAUGUGUGUGUGUGUGUGUCUAUGUGUGCGUGUGUGUGUGUAUGUGUGUGUGUGUGUGUGUGUAUGUGCGUGUGUGUGUGUGUGUGUGUGCAUUAUGUAAGCGUUUGUGUGGCUGACUCUGCUUGGCCGGCCUGGCCGGUUUGGGAGAGGAAAUGCUAAAGAGGGAGAGAGAAAAAGAGAGAGAAAGAGAGAGAGAAAGAAAGAGUGAGAGAGAAAAAGAGAGAGGGACAGAGAGAGUGAUAUGGGGUGUGAACUAAAGAAUCUUGCCUGUCUCUGACAGUCUAUAGAUCCUGUGCUUAAUAGCAUAGACCAUAGAUAUGAUACAGCCAGACACAUGAACAGACUGCUGUUAGAGGUGAAGAGAUUAUGCAAUAGUCUGUGUGUGUGAUGUGCGAUUACACACCUGUUCUUCAUUUAUGGUCCUUCGUCUUCCGUUCACCGGCCUGGCUGUAAAUGGGGAAUGAAGGAAGAAAAGAAGAGGGAUUGGCUGGGAGAUAAAAGAGUUUCACUGAUCCUGUGGAAACCCAACCUGGUGGAAACAAGAGGACUCCAGAAAAGAUCACAGCUCUCUCUCUCUCUCUCUCUCCCACACACACACACACACACACACACACACACACACACACACACGCACACACACGCACGAACACACACAUACGUCAAACUUUGCCACAACGACCAAAGAUUCCAUCAAAUGGUGAUGCCUUUUCUGGCAGCUAAAGCUGCCCUGACAGAUCCAUUAACCAAAAUGGGACCCUGAUGGAUGUGGUGCUUUUUUGGUCCAGAAGGACACCGUACUAGAGAACUCUGUACAGCAAAAACACUGAAAGAUGGAACUCACUUUUCAGGGCAACAAUAAUCAGAAUCUUCACUCAGUGAAGUUGGCUUAGACUGUGUUAAACCAUAAACAAUAUUUAUGUUUUAUAUUUUAUUACACCUUAGUGUAAUAGGGGCUGAAGGUCAAGCUGACAGACAGGCAGGAGUUGACACAGUAACCUGACGAGCGCUUUUCCAAAAUGGACACUAGCCUAAAAUGGCCCUAUUUUAAAACCUCACACACAGGGAACAUGAGAGACAUGGAGCUUAUUGAACUGGACAUUCCGAGCCUCUCUACCAGCCCCAGCGCUGACAUCACUGCCAGCCUCAGCGCUGACAUCACUGCCAGCCCCAGCGCUGACAUCACUACCAGCCCCAGCGCUGACAUCACUACCAGCCCCAGCGCUGACAUCACUACCAGCCCCAGCGCUGACAUCACUACCAGCCCCAGCGCUGACAUCACUACCAGCCCCAAUGCUGACAUCACUACCAGCCCCAGCGCUGACAUCACUGCCAGCCCCAGCGCUGACAUCACUACCAGCCCCAGCGCUGACAUCACUACCAGCCCCAGCGCUGACAUCACUGCCAGCCCCAGCGCUGACAUCACUACCAGCCCCAGCGCUGACAUCACUACCAGUCCCAGCGCUGACAUCACUACCAGCCCCAGCGCUGACAUCACUGCCAGCCCCAGCGCUGACAUCACUACCAGCCCCAGCGUUGACAUCACUACCAGCCUCAAUUCUGACAUCACUACCAGCCCCAAUGCUGACCGCAGCCAUGCUGAAAUCCUUAACCAUGCUGGCACCAGCACUGACACCUUUGGUGAUAACGCAGGGCAGCCCCCUCUCCCCCCCGGCCCCUCUGCCCCUGCCCCCCCCUCCCCCGGCAGUGGGCGGAGCCUGCAUAUUGUUCUGCGGAGACUGAAGAGGGGGGGGCAGCAGUGCAUGGAGGAAACGCCCAGCAUGGUGUCCGGCCUCCUGCUCACCAUGGGAUUCUGCAUCGCCAUCAUCAUCAUCUUCGCCAGCACCGGACGGAGUGUAAGUGUGCACGCAGGCUCCCUGGCGAUGGUGUGUGUGGUUCUGUGUGUGAGCGCCGCCCUGCUGGUUGCUCUGCCAUGGCUGGCGGUGGUUCGGCGCUGUGGGGGGGUGCUGGCGCUCUUCGUCUGGGGGAUGCUCUACAUCACCGCCAUCGUGUUCAUCUUCACGGGGGGGCCAGUGUCUGCUUGGGAGCAGGUGGCAUUUUUUCUCUUCCUCUCUCUCUCAGUGUACACUGUGCUUCCUGUCUCCCUGUUCUGGGCUCUCAUAUUUGGGAUUGGUGCCUCUGUGUCUCACAUCAUCAUCAUCAGUGUGUAUGUUCCUGUGACCAGCCCCCAAACACCAGACCUGGCCAUUCAGCUUUUGGCGAAUGCAGUACUGUUUGUGUGUGUGAACUGCGUGGGGGCGUUCCACAGACGGCUGAUGGAAAGAACACACCGCAGGUCCUCAAAAAACACUGAGAAAUUCAGUAAAGCCAGUUCCCAGUGCAUCCUUAAGAAAUACCAACAGGAGCACCUCCUGUUGUCAGUGUUACCACGGUACAUCGCCAUGGAGUUGAAGACGGAGAUAAUCAAGCAUCUUUCUCAGAAAAUGCCCACCAAGGAGAGCAACUUCCACAGCCUUUACAUCCGACAGGACAAGGAUAGGAACGAGUGUUUGCGCAUUAAGAUUCUGGGGGACUGUUAUUACUGUGUGUCGGGCCUGCCUGAGUUCACCCCCAGCCACGCCCGCAACUGUGUGCAGAUGGGCCUGGACAUGUGCACAGCCAUUAAUAAACUUCGAGAGGCUACGGGGGUGGAGAUUAGCAUGCGAGUGGGCGUGCACACAGGAUACGUUCUGAGUGGCGUGAUUGGCCUACAGAAGUGGCAGUAUGACGUCUGGUCACAUGACGUAACUUUGGCCAAUCACAUGGAGUCUGGAGGCCUACCAGGGCGGGUUCACAUAACAGAGGAAACACUGAAGCACCUUGGGGGGGCGUUCCAGGUGGACGAGGGGAACGGGGCGAGCAGAGAUGCCUACUUACAGGGCAGGGACACAUACCUCAUCAUCGACCCCCAAAACCAGAACACCAAAUCUGAGUCUUACAGUCUCAGAGGACAAAAGCUCAAAGCUUCAGUCAGGAUGUCUCAGUACCUUCAGUCCUGGAAGACCACCAGCCCUUUCUCUGAACUCAGCCACACCCACCACACUGAGGCCACUCCCACCACCAGCCCCUUCUCUGAACUCAGCCACGCCCACCACCCUGAGGCCGCUCCCACCACCAGCCCUUUCUCUGAACCCAGCCACACCCACCACCCUGAGGCCACUCCCACCACCAGCCCUUUCUCUGAACUCAGCCACACCCACCACCCUGAGGCCACUCCCACCACCAGCCCUUUCUCUGAACUCAGCCACACCCACCAUCCUGAGGCCACUCCCACCACCAACCUUUUCUCUGAACUCAGCCACGCCCACCACCCUGAGGCCACUCCCACCACCAGCCCCUUCUCUGAACUCAGCCACACCCACUAUCCUGAGGCCACUCCCACCACCAGCCCCUUCUCUGAACUCAGCCACGCCCACCACCCUGAGGCCAAUCCCACCACCAGCCCCUUCUCUGAACUCAGCCACGCCCACCACCCUGAGGCCACUCCCACCACAAGCCCUUUCUCCGAACUCAGCCACGCCCACCACCCUGAGGCCACUCCCACCACCAGCCCCUUCUCUGAACUCAGCCACGCCCACCAUCCUGAGGCCACUUCCAGGGUCACACCUGAUUCCCCGCCGGUCUCUACCAGGGCAGCUCACCUGUCGACAAGGAGACCGUCACCUCAGACAGAGCAUAGAAGUCUAAACUGGAAACCAUCUCCAGUGUUGGAAGCCCUAGAUCCUCUGGGCCCUGAGAAGGUGAACGCUGACACACCAAGGCUGAACUUCUUGACCCUCUUCUUCAAUAAAUUCUCCCUGGAGAAGAAGUAUCGUUUCUCAGAACUGGAGGAGCUGCACCUGUCCAUCAGCUGUCUUGCCCUCAUCUUUACCUGUGUGUUUGUGGUCCACAUGCUGGUCUCCCAAAAGAACGCUGCUCUGGGAAUCUCAUACGGUGUCACCUUCCCUGUUCUUGUGUUCCUGCUCUUUAUCGUCUUCACUGGAUACCUGCAGCCGUGGCGCUCUAAGAUGCCUCAGGGUGUGCAGUGUGUGACCUCGCUGUCACAGCUCGUCUCCACCAGGGCGGCGCUGCGACUCUUCCUGGUUUCCUUCUGUGUUCUGAUCACUCUGCUCAUGGCCAUCCUUAACUUUUUCUUCCUCCCCGAGCCCAGUUGUUCCAGUUUCCCCCAGAAUGCAUCAGUGCUGGAGACCUUCAAACUCUACACUGUGCCAUAUUACCUGUACACAUGUUUGCUGGCCAUGCUGGGGGUGGUGGUGUUUGUCAGAGUGUGCCAGGAGGUGAAGCUCUUCCUGGCCACACUGGCUGUGGUGGUCUACCUCGCUCUCUUCCUCCAUGUCUAUGCCCUGCGUUCUGAAUGCUACAUCCACCAGCUCUACAGCAAUGGAAGCCAGCCAGCUGUGCUGAAGGAGCCCAAGGUCAUGGCUGGAAUCUGGCUUUUCGUUUUCUACUUCACUAUCCUCAUACUGAUCCGACAGGGUGAGGUGGCGUGCCGUGUGGAGUUCCUGUUGGGGCAGCGUUUUCAGAAGGAAAAGGAGACCAUGGAGACCAUCCAGAAGGCCAACGAGCUGCUGCUGCAUAAUGUCCUGCCCAUGCAUGUGGCAAAGGUCUUCAUGGACAAGGCCCACUGCAACCAGGAUUUGUACAGCCAGUCCUGUGAGUCAGUGUGCGUGAUGUUCGCCUCGGUGCCGCAGUUCUAUAAGGAGUUCUACACAGAGAGCAGUGUGAACCACAACGGGCUGGAGUGUCUCCGCGCUCUGAACGAGAUGAUCGCCGACUUUGAUGAGCUCCUGGCCGAACCCAAGUUCAGCAGUGUGGAGAAGAUCAAGACGAUUGGCAGCACAUACAUGGCAGCCACAGGCCUGACCAAGACUCACACAGAGGAGCGCCAGGACUCUAGAAUGACAUAUAGUCAUGUGCAUACUAUGGUGGACUUUGCAUUGGCUCUGAUGGGCAAAUUAGAAAACUUCAACACACACUCCUUCAACAACUUCAAACUGAGGAUCGGACUGAACCAGGGACCGGUGAUCGCAGGGGUGAUUGGGGCUCAUAAACCCCAGUAUGAUAUCUGGGGGAACACUGUCAACGUUGCCAGCAGGAUGGAUAGCACGGGGGUCCUGGACAAGAUUCAGGUGACGGAGGAGAUGGCUCAGGUGGUGCAGUCGCUAGGAUACAGUGUGACUCUGCGGGGAGUCAUCAACGUCAAGGGCAAGGGAGAGCUGACCACUUACUUUAUCAACACUGACCACCACUGACCGCUACUGAAUGCUACUGACCACUACUGACCGCUACUGACCACUACUGACCAUCACUGACCGCUACUGACCACCACUGACCAUCAUGGACCGCUACUGACCACCACUGACCAUCACUGACCACUACCGACCACUACUGACCGCUACUGACGGCUACUGACCACCACUGACCAUCACUGACCGCUACUGACCACCACUGACCAUCACUGACCACUACUGACCAUCACUAACCACCACUGACCAACAUGGACCGCUACUGACCACCACUGACCAUCACUGACCACUACUGACCACCACUGACCACGACUGAGCACUGACCUCCACUGACCUGACUACUGACUACUACUGCACUUACUCUCUGCAUAUCGCAGCACUGACUUCCUCAGUACUGACCACUGAUUAAAUCUUUUUUCCAUCAUUGAUGGACAACCCUGCAGUGCUGAUCUGCAUCACCACUGGCCCACUCGCUAACAGAGCGUCCAGCACUGAUCCACUCGCUAACAGAGCGUCAGCACUGAUCCACUCGCUAACAGAGCGUCAGCACUGAUCCACUCGCUAACAGAGCGUCAGCACUGAUCCACUCGCUAACAGAGCGUCAGCACUGACCCACUCGCUAACAGAGCAUCAACACUGACCCACUCGCUAACAGAGCGUCAGCACUGACCUACUCGCUAACAGAGCAUCAACACUGACCCACUCGCUAACAGAGUGUCAGCACUGAUCCACAUGCUAACAGAGCAUCAGCACUGAUCCACAUGCUAACAGAGCGUCAGCACUGAUCCGCUUGCUAACAGAGCAUCAACACUGAUCUACUCGCUAACAGAGCAUCAACACUGACCCACAUGCUAACAGAGCAUCAACACUGACCCACUCGCUAACAUAGCAUCAACACUGACCCACUCGCUAACAGAGCAUCAGCACUGACCCACUCGCUAACAGAGCAUCAGCACUGACCUACUCGCUAACAGAGCAUCAACACUGACCUACUCGCUAACAGAGCAUCAGCACUGACCCACUCGCUAACAGAGCAUCAACACUGACCCACUCGCUAACAGAGCAUCAACACUGACCCACUCGCUAACAGAGCAUCAGCACUGACCCACUCGCUAACAGGGUGUCAGCACUGACCUACUCGCUAACAGAGCAUCAACACUGACCCACAUGCUAACAGAGCAUCAACACUGACCCACUCGCUAACAGAGUGUCAGCACUGAUCCACAUGCUAACAGAGCGUCAGCACUGACCUACUCGCUAACAGAGCAUCAACACUGACCUACUCGCUAACAGAGCAUCAACACUGACCCACUCGCUAACAGAGUGUCAGCACUGACCUACUCGCUAACAGAGCGUCAGCACUGACCCACAUGCUAACAGAGCGUCAACACUGAUCCACUGAAAUGUAUAUUUAGAAUGACAGGAAAGAGUUUUUGUUUCAGCUCGAUGAAAUACUUGAACUUCAUAAUUAUCGCUCUUAACAUGAGGUUAAACACUCUUGGUAAAAUUAUUUAAAUAUGAAGGAUCAUUUAAAACACUGCCUACUGUAUGUGAAUGCUAAAUAUGAAUUUAUUUAAUUUGUAUUUUUAUUACAAAACAUUAAAUAUUUAAUUUCAUAUAAAA